UAUCUGUUUGUUUAUUUGCACCGCUCUUCUUCCCUUUCCCCCAUGUCCAUACGCCGAAUCCCUUUCAGCCAUUGCAGCAUCACUGAGUUUGAGACAGAUCUCCCGCACUUGAUUCACCAGUAAGAGAAUUCUCGAUGUGAUCUCUCUGUAAUUUUACUGCAAAUCUCAACAAGUAAUUGCUGUCUGUCUGUCUGCAACUCAAACGAUUAUACAGGGACGAAGGAGAAGAAGGAUUUGAUUCUCUACAAGUAUAGAUACAUAGAUAGAUAGAAAUCACAACACGCAAAGGAUGUAGAGUAGAUCAGACAAAGACAAAGAGAGCGCCAUUGUUAGAUCACCUCCGUCUAAUUGUGUGUCGGUUGUCAUUGAAAUUAUAAAUCCGGAGGAACUACGAAAAUGCCAAGCGUUGCCGUGAAGCUUUACAGCGUCUUCUUCAAACUCCUUCUCAAGCAUCGUCUCCAGAAUCGGAUCCAGAGCCCUAACGACGACAGCAAUAAUAAUCCCUUCGGUGUUACUUCUCGCCUUGAGGAAUCAAUCGCCACCGCUAAUCCAUCCUUCACAGAUGGCGUUGCAACUAAGGACAUUCACAUCGACUCCAUCACUUCUCUCUCCAUUCGUAUCUUCCUUCCUGAUACCUGUUUAAUCUCGCCCGAUUCGGACCAUAAGUCGCAUUCUGCAACAGUUAGGGCUAGGUCUGCAAUGAGACAGUCCGAGCCUGAUCUCGGAUCUCUUCUUAAGGAUCCAAAUCAACCACUCGUCCGUCGCAACAGCUACGGUACGCAGACGCCUGGUAAUGGAAUGGCAAUUGGAGAUGCUCGCAUUAGGAAUAGCUAUGGUAUUGGUGCUGAUGAUUCGAAUACGAAAUCGGAUAACGGCGUGUAUAGAGGAUAUGCUCCGUCAGUUUCUCACUGCCGUAAACUGCCGGUGAUAUUGCAAUUCCACGGCGGAGGGUUUGUCAGUGGGAGCUGUGAUUCUGUGGCGAAUGAUUUCUUCUGUCGCAGGAUUGCCAAGUUGUGCGAUGUUAUUGUUCUGGCAGUUGGCUAUAGACUUGCUCCUGAGAAUCGGUAUCCAGCUGCAUUUGAAGAUGGGUUGAAGGUGUUGCAUUGGCUGGCGAAACAGGCUAAUCUGGCGGAAUGCAGCAAGUCUUUGGGAAGUCAGCGUGGUGGCGGAGUAGAACUGAAGAAGGCUGAUUUUCAACGUCAUGUAGCUGAUGCAUUUGGGGCAUCAAUGGUGGAACCCUGGUUGGCUGCCCAUGGAGAUCCCUCCAGGUGCGUUCUUCUUGGGGUUAGCUGUGGUGCGAAUAUUGCUGAUUACGUGGCUAGGAAAUCAGUUGACGGAGGGAAGCAUUUGGAUCCAGUAAAAGUGGUUGCUCAGGUGUUGAUGUACCCAUUCUUUAUUGGAAGUGUUCAAACUCAUUCAGAGAUAAAGUUAGCAAAUUCGUACUUCUACGACAAGACCAUGUGUUUACUAGCUUGGAAACUGUUUCUACCCGAAGAAGAAUUUAGCCUUGACCAUCCAGCUGCCAAUCCUCUUGUACCAGACAGAGGACCCGCUCUGAAGCUCAUGCCACCUACACUGUCAAUUGUGGCCGAACAUGACUGGAUGCGAGACAGAGCCAUAGCAUACUCCGAAGAAUUGAGGAAGGUGAAUGUCGAUGCACCGGUUCUAGAAUAUAAAGACGCAGUUCACGAAUUUGCUACACUCGAUAUGCUCCUUAAAACCCCUCAAGCUCAAGCAUGUGCUGAAGAUAUUGCUAUCUGGGUUAAGAAGUACAUUUCACUUAGAGGCCAUGAAUUCUCCUACUAAACAGGAGAUCAAUGCAACUUUUUGUACUAUGAUCAUACUAGAUUAUUAAUUAAUGAAUAUUGUCUUUUAUGAUCGUAACAUAUGAUAAAAUGAGUGUCGAAUUUCAUUGUGCCCAAAUGGCCGUAUUUUUUCAUUUUUUUAUUCUGCUUUGUAUCUAUCCUGUUGUACUGUAUAUGGAAAAAGUUGCAUUUCUUGUUACUUUAUUAUCUUUCA